AUGGUCAAUCCAGACGGCGUAGACCUAGACUCUCUGACAGAGAAAUUACUUGAGGUUCGAGGCUCCCGACCCGGAAACCUUAUCAGGUAUCCACGAGGCGGCUACCCACCCGAAGCCAACUACCUCUUCCUGGGCUAUAUCAACCGCGGUAAGCAGUCGAUCGAAUGUACCUGCCUGCUCCUCGCCUACAAGAUCAAAUACCCGGAGAACUUCUUCAUCCUGCGCGGGAACCACGAGUGCGCAUCCAUCAACCGCCUCUACGACUUCUACGACGAGUGCAAGCGCCGGUACAGCGUCAAGGUCUGGAAGACGUUCAUCGAGUGCUUCAACUGCCUGCCCAUCGCGGCGAUCGUCGACGACAAGAUCUUCGGCACGCAUGGCGGUCUCAGGCCCAAUCUGAACUCGAUUGAGCAGGUUCGUCACAUCAUGCGGCCGACGGAUCUCCUCUGGGCCGAUCCAGAUAAAGGCAUCACGGGUUGGAGUGAGAUAGAUCGCGGUGUCUCGUUUACGUUCGGGCCCAAUGUCGUCAGCCGGCUCACUCAGAAGCACAAUAUCGAUCUGAUCUGCCGCACGCAUCAGUGUGUGGAAUACGGGUAUGGGUUCUUCGCUAAGCCGCAGUUCGUGACGCUGUUCGAUAAUUCGGGCGCCAUGAUGAGUGUUGAUGAGAGCUUGCAUUGUUCGUUCCAGGUCAUGAAGCCGGCUGAGAAACGAAGGCCGCUCUUCAGGAAGCGGUCGGCUAGUCAUUUCAAGCAAUAUGCUAGUACGCGAUUGACAAUACUUUUGUGGCAUAACGAGUGCGUCCUGUAUAGCUUUUUCUUUUUUCUUUUUUUUUUUUUUGCUCCAGUUUUCUAA